AUGGACCUGAGCCCCGAUGAUGCCCUGCAGGCGUAUCUCAUCCGCCAACAGCUCAUCGCCGGCAUUCAUCCAGACGAUAUCAUCCCCAUGCGCCGUCCAGGCCACGGCCCCGAGAACCGCCCUGCUGCCCCAGCAGUAGUACGUAUCACUAACGAGGGCGUCUCCGUGCCAGAGAUCCCCCCUGCGCAGUUCCGGGGUCCCCUCCAGCCGCUUCCGGGACAACUGCGGGCAGGCCCUGGGGGGCACGAAGGCAUUCACGAUGUCGAGGCUCACAAUGGCAUUGUCAAUCUGCAAGCAAGAAUGCUUGACAUGAUGGAGGGUCGUCAGGGUGCUAGAUACGGGGCUCUCCCUCCCAACCCAGCUCAGGUAGUAGCCAGAGUCAGACCCGACGAUGCAGCUCAAGCCAUAGCCAUGGCGGGCCCUGCUCCCCGACAGGCCUUCGACCUCAUCGGGGCGAUGACCACCUACCCACACCUGGCCUUAGCCCUAACUUCCUACCUCUCCGCCGACGACCUCGUCAAUCUCACCACCCAGUCUCGCCCCUUCUUCAAUUUCCUAAACAUCAACAUUGGCAUCGUCGUCCGGAACCUGUCCCUCCAGAUCGUCGAAACCGCAAGCAUCUUCCCCCCACUCUGCUACCCCCGCCUCAACACCGAACCAGGCCACUUCUCGCACCCCCUCCCCCCACCGAUCAACGAAUACCGGUACAUUCUGCACCAUCUCGUCCCCUCCAUCCCGUACCUCCGCAUGAUCACCCACCGCCACACGACCACCACCCAGAUCAUGGCCCUCCUCCGGCAGGCCGGCUACUUCAUCCCCAACCUGUGCGAGACGCCGCUCAAAAAGCUGUGGUUCCUCAUGGACAUCCCCGACAACGCGCGUCGCGAGUGGACCAUCGCCAACCCCCACCUCUGGCGCGACGGCGAGAUCUUCUUUGCCACGUUCUUCAUCGUCCAGCUCGAUAUGUAUCUCCGCGAACAGAGACAGCAGCGCACCAACAGUUUCCGCCAGCUGAUCAUGGCCCAGCCGACGUUGACUUUUCUUAGGGAGUUUUUGGUCGGAAGGGUCUGUGCGACUAAUUUGGAUACCUUGGCCGAGUUUGUCAGGUGGAGGUAUGUCCCUGCGCCGGAGGAGAGGAAUGAACAGGUCUUUGGCGUCCCGAUUGCGGAGACGGGUUUGUUGCAGUUUGAGGGGUAUGGGCGGCCGAGGGUCACUUUUAACAAUUACAAUAUCAAUCUCAUCCUCAGAGAAAUCGGCCGGAGGGGCCUCGACAUGCACAUCAUGUUCUCGGAGAUCUUCCUCCUGCGAAACCCCAGACUGUUCUAUGUCAAUCGCGAGCCGAUUAACUGGGAUGAGAUGAUCAUGCGUGGUCGUGAGGAUAUGGGCCCGUAUUGGAUGGAUCUGGUGAGGUUGGAUUGA